UACGCAAAAGGAAAAGCAUAGACACGUGCAUGAUCAUAAAAUAUUUCAAGAUAAAUUAUAUUUAAAUUCUAAUUAAUAAAGAAUAGAUUUGGCAUGCCUACUUACUAUGCACACUACCAUCUUUUCAUAAGCUAGAAAACAGCAGACGUAUAAUCCAGAGGAGAGGGUCCAGUCCAUGUCUGCAUUGCUUAUGUAUCCAGGUGUUUGUCCAUCCAGCCAAGAACCUGCCAAGUUUCAAACCGCUAAGGAAAUCGCUUUCUUCACUAUUUAACAGAUAUAAAAUACUCUUCCAAAAAAAAUUAAAUUAAAUUAAAUUUAUAUAUUAACAUAUAUAAUAGUUAAAUUUUAUUUAAUAAAUAUUUACCAUUUAAUGAGAAAUAGAUGUGUUCUUUUCGUCAUAUAUUAAUCUUUAAAAUAUUUUAUGAUAUAUGUAUAUAUGGAUGCAUACGCUAAAACCACAUAAACCCUGGAGACUGACUACAAAAUCACCACAUGUCAACAAAUGCACCCAGUUGGACACGUGGCAACCGAGUAUAAAGCUUAGUACACACGUUGUCUUGCUGGGAAGACACAGCAGCUAUGGUGUUUGCUACUCAAGCAUUUUACGUGUCUAUUUAGGACGUAUGUUGUUCCUGCGGCAACAAGGAUUCUGCAGAUCAUCUCAAAAUAGCUUAGUUAAUAGUUGAUCUCUGUAGCCACAAAACUAAUAUGAAGGUUCGUUGCUGCUUCAUCUCUUGUUUAUUUUCUCUGUAUUUUCAUUUAUCCUGCAACUAGGAAAAAUACCCAGUUGAAUUAUCAUAUCGAUAUUGUUUUUAAUUAUAUUAUCUUUGAAUGAACAUAAAUAAAAUUUUAUUUUGUUGAUUUGGGGGAACUAGGUUUGAUUGAUUUCUACGUAAUUAAGGUUGUAGAAAUUAGGAGACUGCAUACUGAACUCCCAAAACUAGCUGGUUGAUUAUGUUGCAUGGAAAUGUGAAGGUCCAUGAAACAAAGUCUCAAGCUCAUGCCUCAGCUGCUGAUGAAGGAAAAGUGAUGACAAGGAAGCAGAAGGCAGAGAACAAGGGACAUGAUGGAGAACAAUCUCCGAAGAAGGCUAAAUCCGAACAUGAAACUGAUCGUGCUAAUGGGAAAACUAAGGCAGACAUUGCUAGAGAGUUUGAGGAUUUCUGUAAAUCCGUUAGAGAGCAUCUCUCUGUUGCUCAAAUGCGAGAAAUACUAGAGAUGAAUGACCAAGAUUCCUCUGGCUCUGAUGGGUCUGUUACCACUAAAUGCCAAGAUUUGCUGUUUCUGGGAGCACUAGGGAAAUGUCCAUUAUGUGACUGCAAUUUGGAAUUUGAUGGUACGAGGUAUUCUUGCAAAGGAUCUUAUAGUGAGUGGUCUAGUUGCACUUUCAAGACAAGUAAUCCACCGAGGAAAGAGGAACCAAUCAAAUUACCAGAUUCUGUUCUAAACACCCCUAUUGCAGAUUUGCUUAAGAAGUAUCAGGAGCCCAGCCGCCGGCCUCAUCGGGACUUAGGUGCUCCGGCCAAGCCUUUUGCUGGAAUGAUGAUUUCUUUAUCUGGCCGUCUUUCUCGAACCCAUCAUUACUGGAAAAAGAUCAUUGAGAAAAAUGGAGGGAAGGUCGCCAAUUCUGUUAUUGGGGUGAAUUGCCUGGUUGUUUCACCGGCUGAGCGAGAACGUGGCGGUUCUUCCAAGCUAUCAGAAGCAAUGGAGAGGGGCAUACCUGUUGUGAGAGAAGCAUGGCUUCUCGAAAGCAUAGAGAAGCAAGAACUACAGCCCCUGGAAGCUUAUGAUGUCGUCUCUGAUCUUGCUGUGGAGGGCAAAGGAAUCCCAUGGGAUAAGCGAGAAGCCAGUGAAGAAGCUCUCGAGUCGCUGGCGGCCGAAAUCAAAGUAUACGGUAAAAGAGGAGUCCAUAAAGACACUAAAUUGCAGGAACGAGGUGGGCAGAUAUUCGAGAGAGAUGGGAUAUUGUACAACUGUGCCUUCUCCCUCUGCGACAUGGGACGAGAAAUAAACGAAUACUGUGUAAUGCAACUAAUCUCUGUACCAGAGAGUAACUUGCAUCUAUACUACAAGAAAGGGAGAAUAGGUGAUGACUCCAGAGCGGAGGAGAGGCUUGAAGAGUGGGAAAAUGUGGAUAAUGCUAUUAAGGAGUUUACAAGGCUCUUUGAAGAAGUUACAGGAAAUGAAUUUGAGCCAUGGGAAAGGGAGAAAAAGAUCGAAAAGAAACUAUUAAAAUUCUAUCCUGUUGACAUGGAUGAUGGAGUUGAUGUGAGACACGGAGGGCUUGGACUAAGACAGCUGGGAGUUGCAGCAACACAUUGCAACCUUGAAUCCAAGGUUGCAAAUUUUAUGAAGGUUUUGUGCAGUCAGGAGAUCUAUAGGUAUGCAAUGAUGGAGAUGGGUUUAGACCCCCCUGAUCUUCCAGUGGGGAUGCUCUCCAAUGUCCACUUGAGAAGAUGUGAGGAGGUCGUAGUUCAGUUUGUAGAAGCAGUGAAGCCAAUUAAAGGCACUGGGCAAAAGUCUGAGGCAGUUUGGUCGGAUUACAGCCAGAGAUGGUUUACUCUUAUGCACUCUACUAGACCUUUGAUCCUGAGGGACUAUGAAGAACUUGCAGAUAAUGUGGUAGCAGCAUUCGAGACUGUCCGAGACAUAACUGUAGCCUCGCAUCUUGUGGGAGAUAUGUCUGGCUCAACCCUUGAUGACCCGCUCUCGGAUCGAUACAACAAUUUGGGGUGCUCAAUUUCUCCAGUUGAGAAUGACUCUGAUGACUACAAAAUGAUUGUGAAGUACCUGGAGAAAACUUAUGAACCCAUCAAAGUUGGAGACAUUGAUUAUGGAGUAUCAGUUGAGAAUGUUUUUGCUGUUGAGCCAAGUGCCUGCCCUUCAAUGGAUGAAAUAAAGAAGUUGCCUAACAAAGUCCUUUUGUGGUGUGGAACUAGAAGCUCAAACUUGUUAAGGCAUUUGAAAAAAGGAUUCUUGCCAGCUACAUGUUCUCUUCCUGUGCCUGGUUAUAUGUUUGGCAAGGCACUUGUUUGUUCUGAUGCUGCAGCAGAAGCUGCUAGAUAUGGUUUUACUGCUGUAGAUAGACCAGAAGGAUUCUUAGUUCUUGCUGUUGUUUCCCAAGGAGAUAAUAUUACUGAGGUUUCGAGCGUACCAGAGGAUACAAAAUCAUUAGAAGAGAAGAAGAUUGGAGUAAAGGGAUUGGGGAGAAAGAAAACAGAUGAAUCAGAACACUUCAUGUGGGAAGGUGACAUCAAGGUUCCUUGUGGUCGCUUGAUACCGUCGGAACAUAAAGAUAGCCCCCUGGAAUACAAUGAGUAUGCUGUCUACGAUCCCAAACAGACAAGAAUAAGGUUCCUGGUGGGAGUCAAGUACGAGGAGAAGGAUGCUGUGAUGGACACUGCAGAGCCACAAGGAGAAGUGAGCUAAGAAGGCUUUUUGUUCCUCUGGAAGAAGAUCUUUUUGUCCAAUGCUUCUGCUGUUG